AUGGCAACAGGUUUUAAUAUUAGCCGCAUUGCAACAGGAUGCAGACAUGUGUGUAUAAUAUUUGACAAGCUGGAAGUUAAACUUCCUCUUUUUAUUGUGGUUCGUCAUUACAUAACAUUAUAUAAUGGAUUUGUACAUCAUUUGUUACUGACUCAACUUGUUUCACGUUAUUUGAUGCGUAUUUUCUAUUCUCAAAUGUUUUUAAUUUUCUGUUGUGAAUUUAUCGUAUUUUUAUGAACAUCCUCUGAACAUUACCUGCGAUACCAAACAAAAUCUUUGUUUCACUUUCGCUACGCAGUUGAAUAGAGGGAAUACAAUAACUUACAAUUACUUAUACGGUUAAAAGGAACACAAUAUUUUCCCGUCGAAAAAAAUUACACGGAAAAAAAAGGAAGGAGGAAUGCAGCGGAACCGGACUGGGAUGAUCACUAGCACCUAGAUGUGGUGCUGAGGAUGGGACAUGGCAUCAUUCAGCAAGGAUACUGCAAGUACCCUGGAGCUUCUCCAGGCUGAUGACUAUGUGAGUUUAGUUCACAGUCAACCACAGUCCUCUUGGGACCCUUGUCAGAGUGCUGACUGGGACAAUGAGGCUCCCACCUCACAAUGCAUUCUCCGUAUCAAAAGAGAUAUAAUGACGAUAUUUAAUGAGCCCCCUCCUGGCAUUAUCAUCAUCCCUGACAAGGAUGACAUCACUAAGAUUCAUGCAUUAAUCACAGGGCCUUUUGACACCCCUUAUGAAGGUGGAUUCUUCUGUUUCUUAAUUCGCUGUCCACCUGAUUAUCCCAUACGACCUCCAAGGGUCAAACUUCUUACUACAGGUGACAAACAGGUCCGAUUUAACCCAAACUUCUAUAAGAAUGGCAAAGUGUGCCUCAGCAUAUUGGGGACGUGGUCUGGACCGGCAUGGAGUCCUGCUCAGAGCUUGUCUAGUGUACUGAUAUCCAUGCAAUCACUGAUGAAUGAGAAACCAUAUCACAAUGAACCUGGAUUUGAAAAGGAGAGGAAUUUUGGAGAUGCCAAGCGAUACAACGACAUUAUCGAACAUGAGACAUUGAGGGUUGCAGUAUGUGACAUGUUGGAGGGUAAAUGUAACUGUCCCCAGAGUCUACAAGAGGUCAUGGAAACAUCCUUUCCAGAUUACUUUGAAUAUUAUGAAGGCAUCUGUAAAAAACACCAGGACAUGCAGGGACAGACAAUGCAGGAUCCUUUUGGAGAGAAGAGAGGUGUAUUUGAUUUCUCAAAUAUAUUAAAAAGACUAGGAGUAAUACAAAAGGACUUGUCAGAUAAAAUGGACAACUGCUCAACAGACGAUACUUCGGAUAUGGAACAAAGCUGAUACAUCAUAACAGUGACAAGCUUUCUAACUACCCUGACUAACUCAUAUUGUUUGGAUACAAGCUUUCAUGGAACCUGGACCAAAUAGUGUCAUAAGUGUCAAAAACCUUGGAUCGUGCACAGCAUAAAUACACUAUUCUUGAUAUAUAAAUGAUUUUAUGCUGAUUGUAUUGAUUUGCUGCUGUUUGUGACUGGACCAAUUUACUCCAUUCCUUUAUAUUCUGUAAUCAUUGUAGUUAUACUGAUUUUACCAACCAAUGUACAAUGUACUUAAUUAGAUCCUGAUUUUGUCUGAUGGAUAGCAUUUUUGUUAGGAUUGCUGGUAAAUGUCCAUGUCUAUUAUACCAAAUUAUUAAUUGUAAUACCUCAAUUUAUAGAAAAUACAUCAACUUAUAGAAAUACCGGUCAUGAUAAUUGCAAACAACUUUGUUAUUUUGGUCACAUAGUAUUCUUCUAUGAAAUUUGAAGAAUAAAAAGGUCUGAAAAUCAA